UCGAAGAUUUCUUAGAAACCGAUUUUUAAUCGAAGACGAGCUAUAUAUUUUCGUAGGAGUAACGAGGCCAAUGCUUAAUUGAAUUUUGAUUGAGCCUUUUAACAUGUUACGGGGAAUUAAGUAACUCGUCAAAUCAAUUCUUUAAUCAUGCAAGGACAGGAAGGCCUCUCUGGGUCGUCGGACCACAGAUUGGCACUCAUUCACGAAAUGAGUGCCCAUAACUUUGAUCUGAUUAGAUUUGCUUCCUAUAGAACAGCUACAAAGUUAAGGUUUAUUCAGAAGAAAGUUAGUUUACAUUCUGUUGAUAUUUGGAAUGUCAUUGAAGCAUUUAGAGAACAGGGCCUGCACGCUUUAGAAGCGUCGUCUGAAUUAAGCGUUGCAAGGCUUGAGACUUUGUUGUGUUCUCUUUACCAUAGUUUAAAUAAGAGAGCCCCUCCGACUCAGCAGGCUCACGUUGACGUAUGUUCGAGUCUGCUACUCAAUUGGUUGUUAGCAGCUUAUGCCACUGUUGAUAAUGUUGGCAAAAUUAGAGUAUUCUCCAUAAAGGUGGCACUGGCCACACUUUGCGCUGGUAAGCUGAUGGACAAAUUAAGAUACAUUUUUUCUCAAAUAUCAGAUAGUAAUGGAUUAUUGAUUUCGUGGAGGUUUAAUGAAUAUCUUCAAGAAGUUCUUGCCCUUCCUGCCGCCGUGUACGAGUCUCCCACAUUUAGCUAUGCGGAUACCUUGGCGGGCAGUAUAUUUAACCCGAACGCCAAAGUCACAGUAAAUGAUUUUUUGGAUAUGAUGAUGUCCGACCCGGGGCCACCUUGCCUGGUGUGGCUCCCGUUACUCCACAGAAUCGGCAGUGUGGAAAAUGUGGUCCAUCCUGUGCAGUGCGAUGCUUGUCAACGGGAAAACUUUACAGGCUUCCGCUACCGUUGUCAAAAGUGUCCCCAUUACAAUCUUUGCCAGGACUGUUUUUGGCGGGGGAGAGUUUCCGUGCCUCACACCUUGGAGCACCAAGUGAAAGAGUACGCGUCUUUCUCGCCGAGCAAGACUAUUGGACAGUCUUUGAGGAAGUCCUUUAGGUGCGUGCCCGACAAGCAACGGAAUAACUUGCCCAGGUUUCCCGAACAGCCGGAAAAGACCCUUAACCUUUCCCACAUAGUGCCACCGUCUCCCAUUCCUUCGCAUAAUGGGUUUCCUGAAAAUCAGUUCAGUGCCGGUUUCGAUGGGAUGGGCAGUCUGGAUAGCAGAUCGACCGCACGAAGUUUGGACAGUGCAAGGGACGACGAACAUCGUCUUAUAGCCAGGUACGCUGCCAAGCUAGCACAGGAAGCCCGGACCGGAAUGCCCCGGGGCACCUAUAGAAAAAACUCGCUGUCGCCAGAUUCGGGUCGGGUUCCUUCGGAAACGUGCCUGGGUAUGGACUCGACUCGCGCUCAGAGGGAACUCAUUAGCCAGUUGGAGGCGAAAAAUCGGGAAAUCAUGCGCGAAAUCGCCAGACUGAGGAGACAGCAGGAAUUGGAGGCCGGGAGCCACGGUCCCGACAAUCCCAUCCUGAUGAGCGAACUGAGGGCGCUGAGGAUGCGCAAGGACGAACUAGAGACACACCUGAUAACGCUUCAGGACUCCCGAAGGCAGCUAAUGAUACAACUCGAGGGUCUAAUGAAAAUGCUUAAGAAUCACCAGUCUUCCCCCAGGAGCACCCCGAAUUCGUCGCCUAGAAGCACCAAAUCGCCGCCAUUGCCACCCGGCGUUGCACCCACUACCCAAACGAAUCCUAGGAGCGCGCCUCAGACCCCGAUGGGCGUGCCCGCCUCCUCCAACCCAUCCAGCAUAAACACGUCCGUCGGGGUCUCCGGAACUUGCGAAAAAAGCGAUAGAGAACGGGAGAGAAGAGAUAUUCCUCUGGGCAUAGUUCAGCCAUUGGGCGGUUUGGUAAAUCGAGAGAUGAUGGGUCAGGAUAGGAAUGACCGUGAUCGAUCCAGUCACAAUGUCAAUUUGGAGGCUCUGAUGGGCGUCGGUGGCGACGUCAGAAAUGCUUUCGGUGGUGUUUCCAACCCUAUAAAUUCCAAUGGUAACGGUACUCCGGGUUCAGCGGGUCGUUCUUUGAGGAACGACCUCUUGGUCGCUGCCGAUUCGGUUACCAACGCGAUGUCUACCUUAGUUAGAGAACUGAACUCAGACACAUCGAGCAUUACACUCCCCUCUUCGAGCAAGAAAAUCAAUGAUUUUGAAGACGACGGAGAGGAUGAAUCUGAUGGUGGGUGGCAGCAAGAACUCCAGAGGAGGUAUGUGCAAGAUGCCAGUUUCAUGGCGGAACUGAGAGCCCGGCAGCCCGUAAGUCCUGCGGACGACGGCAACCAUCACCAAUAUUCCGAUCAGACUUACCAGGUCCGACAGAAUUACGUUCACGGUCAGAAUUUUAGGAUGCAAGGGAUCCAUUACCCGACAACCCAGAACAAUCCGAUCCCCACCACAAUGGCCCAGCAAAAUCACUCCGGGUACGGACAAUUUUCGAUGACGCAAGAAAUGUAUGAGCAGCUGAACCAAAAUCUGGAUCAACCCAAUGUUCCCGAGCAUAAUGAAAACCUUAACGAACAAGAGGAAGUGAGAAACAAAGAGACGUUGGAGUUCGAGGAGGCUCUUAAGCAGUGGGUCCAUCGAUAAAAGUGUUUUGUCAGAGAAAGUCUGCCAUAGUCAAUAUUUAAUAGGUUGUCGCGCUUUUAUGUUGUGAAAUAAAGCACGGAAGAUGGAUAUCUAGAAAUUUAGACGUAGGGACUAAUUUGUUUUGCCCUCCCAUGUUUACUUAAUAGAAAGUCUAAAAUUUCCGUGGUCGGUAUCGAAUUUUUAGACUUUGGGAUAUUUAUUGGUUAAGUUUAGUGUUUUAAAUUAAGUGCGCAAAAAAAAUUGAGCAUUGGGUGUUUCUAGAAUUAUUUCCCAAACCAAAAAGUGUGCAUAGGUUGGGAAAAUAUUAAGUGAAUAUUUAUUUAUUUUACAAAAAAAAAAUCAUUGAAAUAUUUAAACAUAAAUAAUGAAUAUUAUGUUAUUGGUGCGCACUUAAUUUGAAACAGGCGUUAUUUGUAUGUGAAAAAUUAUAAAUUUCUUUCAAGGUCUUGGAGAAUUUUUAUUUUUGUAUUGUUUAUAAUAUCUGAAAGGCCUAAAUUUAAAGGUACAUUCAUAUUGAACGUGUUUUUGAAAAAAAUGCUUCCCUCGUAAAGAAAUUUGUUGCUGAAAGCUGCUUUGACUAAACCUUUUUCCAUAACUCGAUUACCUCAAUAGUUUUAAACAAUAGUUUCAAACAUUUUCGCACAAGUAUAUUUCUAGCAAAUUACAAGGUUAAGAGCUCUGCGCCUUGUAAAGUGGUCCUUACAUUACGAUUCGCAGCACUUGAUAUGACAAUCGAAUUGUUGAAAAGCAAAAAGGACCGUUUAUAUUUUGCUCUCCCAAAAAGCCACAUUUUGGGCCUAUUUGCAUGCAAAUUUUCUUUCUUGAAAAUCGGACCAACUAUUAUAAAAAUCCAACCGAAUAAUAAUUUCACCCCAUUUGUACAUAACGAUUAGUUCAUGUAAGACCCCAUCUAUUCCAGUAGUUAGUAACUAAAAGACAGCACAAUGUACUUUUUUAAAGCUAUCCUAAGAUUAGCGACUAAUAAAUUUGUCUCUCUACAAACAUUUCCAUAUUCGCACUAUAUUUAUUUAUUGUUAUUUUACUACCAAAUUUAUGGUCUGACUUUCGGAUUUUUUAUUCUACAUUGAAAAUUUGUAACCAGCGCUUAUAUAUUAGAUGAUAUCGUCUAAUGCACAUUCUUUUAGUAACUAAGAUUAUACUAUACAAUAUAUACGAAUAAAACGUUACUCAUGUAUGAAAUCAUAGUAAUCGAAAAAUUGUACAUUCUAAUUGUGUCUAUAAUAAUUAACAUUGUUUCUUGUCUACCUAUGAUGUCAAUAUGUAACCAAAUUUUAGUUCCGGUUUUUGAAAUCUGGACACACCUUCCUCUUCGACAAUCCAAAUUUCACAUUUCACGGAGAAAAUGCACCACAAUGGCGGACUGUUCACAUAUUUUCUUCAAAACCCUUAUUUCCCUACAGCUUUAUUUCUUUCUCCACCCUACAUACACACCUACCUUACAUUUGUUAGAUAAAAGGCAUCAAGCUCAAUAGAAGAAGUCAUAAAGUUCUCUAAUUAUUGCGUUUAUUGGUGCUUUCACUUCUGCAUCCUUAAUCCUUUAAUCGUUCAGUAGGCUAAAAAAAUAUGUUAUUUUGUUUAUGUAUAGCGAUUAUGAAAAAAAUCCAGCGACUGAAACUUCAUUACAUAGGAUUUAGUAUAGAAUUGUUACAAUUUUACAUGUUACAAUGGAAUAAAAAUCA